AUGCAAAAGUUGCAGAAAACUCCGGCACCGGUAGUCAUAUUCUGGUUCUCGUUGGAAACGGUAUGCCUGGGACUGAUCUCCCUGUAUGUGCUCGACGAGUACAAGUGGCCCUCCACUGGCACCGUAUGGCUCAUCAUUGCAAUAACCGCUGUUCAAACUCUGGCAUUUAAGUUGCAAAACGCGGGUCCCGUUGCCGUUGUCCGGGCACUCAGUGUUGUCAUCAGUUUUAUUUUUUCGGUCACAAUACUGAAUGAGAAAAUACUGGUGACCAGUUUUAUCGGCGGUGCCCUCAUCUUUGCCUCCAUCAUCGUUAUGAGUGUCUAUAAGUGGCGCACAAACUAUAAGUGCGUUGAAAAGGCAGCCGUGAAUAACGAGUGUUGGUCUAAGAAUAACAACAAAACCUAUACAAUAGGAGAUCUUAGUGUAGUCCAAGUGCUGCCGUCCUUCCAGUCUAAUUGUAUAUUGGCUUAA